AUGGGCCAAUCGCAGAUCUCAAAUGUGGACUCUUCGUCCCUUGAGGAUAUUGAGAAAAAAGCACCUGGCGGACCGUCAUCCACGAACGAGGUCACGGAAGGCCACGUUUCCUCUGAAUAUGAACGGUUUCUAGAACUUCACCGCGAGUUUGAUGGCCCGGGUCACAAGAAGCUCGUGCGAAAGCUGGAUUGGCGUCUUCUGCCAACUUUGAGUUUCCUUUACCUCAUGUGCUCCCUUGACAAGAGCAACGCUGGAAAUGCUAAGCUAUUCGGUUUCCUCGAAGAUGUGGGGAUGAGCUCGACUCAAUUCAAUCUUGCUCUUAUGUACCUGUUCUUCACCUACGGUCUAUGCGAGCCGAUCUCCAACAUUGCUCUGCGAAGACUUGGACCUAAGAUCUGGUUUCCCUGUAUCGUUGUUAGUUGGGGGUUGGUUACAACCCUUACUUGCUUGGUCAAAAACUACGGCUCGUACAUCGCCAUUCGCCUGGUCCUCGGAUUGACCGAGGCUGGUCUUUACCCCGGAUCAUACUUCAUCCUGUCCAUGUGGUACACUCCCAAAGAACUCGCAACCAGGAUGGCCAUAUUCUACGGUGCAAACACCGCAGCAGGUGCUUUCGGUGGCGUCAUCGCCUACGGUGUCGGCAAUCUGGACGGUGCUCACGGCAUGCGAGCCUGGAAGUGGCUCUUCCUGAUUGAGGGAGUUAUCACCAUCUUUGCUGGUAUCUCGUGUCUCAUCUUCUUGCCUCACUUCCCUCAUCAAUACACGGAAAGCAAGACUUCCAAAUGGCUAUCUAGCAAGGAACUUGACUACGCACGUUUGCGAGUGAAGUACUGCAAUGGUCCGGAUGCCCCAACGUACACUUUCCGCUGGAGCGAUGUCAUUGCUGCUGCCAAGGAUAGGAAGACGUACUUCAUGAUGAUGCUCUUCUGGUGGGGAGGCUCGGUUCCCACAUACUCGCUCUCUUAUACUUUACCAACCAUGGUCAAGAACCUCGGCUAUUCCGCUGUGAGGGCGCAGGCUCUGACCACACCACCGUACAUUUUUGCUACAUGCGUCUGCGUGUUUGUUGGCUGGAUGAGCGAUCGUUAUCAGAAACGCUAUGCAUCCAUCAUGUCGUGCUACACGCUGGGUCUUAUUGGCAUCAUUAUUCUGUGGAUUUCCGUGCACUACCAGCACCUAUACGGGCUUUCGUACUUUGCCAUCUUCCUCGCCGCUGCGGGAUACUCGGCUCAGGCUCCCAUCGUUGGAGCAUGGACCUCAGUCAACAUUCCGAACCCUUCUAAGCGAGCUGCUGCAAUCGGCUUGUUGAUGCUUUUCGGUAGUGUGGGUGGAGGCAGUAUCGGAAGUAAUAUUUAUUUGGCAGAGGAGGCUCCCACCUACCCGCUCGGCUUUGGAUUCUCUGUUGGAGCAACUGUCUUGGGUGCUAUGAUCCCUGCAACCAUUCAUUGGUGGCUAAUGCGAAAGGAGAAUAGGAGGCGGGACACUCUGGUUGUGGACACGGUCCAGAGUCAACAUACACCCCUAGAAUUGAGCGAGAUGGGAGAGAACUCGCCCCUGUUCAGAUUCACACUGUAA